AUGUUCCACAUCUUCGGCGCCCGCGAAACAGGCGCCAAACCAGGCUUCGGCCUCGCCGGCGCCUUCAUCAACGACAUCAACAACGCCUACCCGUCCGCCACAACCGAAGCAAUAGCAUACCCAGCAAACGGCCAAGCAAACCUCGAAAACCAGACAUACAAAGACUCCGUCCGCUAUGGAGUUGGGAAUGCCACGCAGCAGGUAGCAGCGUUUGCGAAGAUGUGCCCUGAUGCAAAGAUUGUCUUGGUGGGGUACUCGCAAGGCUCAAAGUUCGAUGCCAGACCUUCAGAUCAGAUUCACUGUGGCGAUUUUGAUGAUACAAUUCAGCUUUACUGCGAUGCUGACGACGAAUUCUGCACCAAUGGGACUAGUCUGGCAAUUCACAAUGGGUAUCAUGGUGUGUAUGGGAAGCAGGCACUGGCUUUCGUUAAGAGCAAAUUGGGGUGA